AUGGGCGCCUACGACGAAAACACCAUCACUCAGCUAGUUACAGAGAUAUACCAGCUCCAAAUCAAGCUUUGCGCUAUUGAAGCGGACCAAGUCGCUUUCCCACCAGAUGGGGGCCAUGAUAUCAACGUGGAACUCUGCGAAUCGCUACACUACAGCCCAGCCGUCAUAUCCUUGAUGAAAAAGUUGCCGUAUCCCAAGAAAAGAGAAAUGCAGUUGGAUAUAAGCCUGCUUCCCCAAGGAUUUCCCUUGGUAUAUACCGACGAUUUAGAUAUUGAGCUCGGUCGUGAUCCCCAGAACGCGCCCUCUGGUGGCCUCGAACCCCUUCGUCUCGACUUUUUAUUGCCCCAAGAUGUUGCGCUUACGCUCAUGUAUACCCGAGACGGUGUAUCGCACAUACUAGAUACGCAAGAUGGCAAGCUUCUCCCCACUCCUGCUCUGGCUUGCUUGUCGCUAAUGUUCCAAUUAGGCACAAUUCGGCUCUUUCGCCCACAGGGAUACCCUCCAGCUUCCGAGGGCUACCAGUAUGAGCGCCCGGAUGAUACGUUUCAUUACCGUAAUUGGCCCCCUCAGGAUGCCGAGACGUAUUUGCGUGAUCUUGUCAACAAUAUCAAAACACUGAAAUCUAUACCCUGCAGCCUAUAUCCCUACUAUUUCGAUAUUGACGAGCCAGAUGUGCAAUCUGAGAUGAAGGAAAUUAUCGAGAGCUACGGGUGGCCCGAUCAAUUUCGACGAGAUGAAUGGAAAUCACGCAUGGAAGAGCACUGGCAAGACACUAUGUGA